UUUGAAUAAAAUGCAUGUGUGUUUUGUCAUUAAGAUGAUUGAUUGUAUGCGAGAAUCAUCACAUUUUACUUUUCCUCUAAGCUGACUGUAGUGUGAUGCAUGUAUAUAGGUCAAUCGAGCCAUGGCUGAAGACUAGAAGGUCGGCAGAGGGUGGGCGAGAGUUCAGGCAAUCUCCGGCAGAGAGGAAGAAACUAGAUGGGUUGUACGAGUGUAUUCUUUGUGCUUGUUGUAGUACUUCAUGUCCUCCAUAUUGGUGGAAUCCAGAAGAGUUUCUUGGUCCUGCUGCAUUGCUCCAUGCCUAUAGAUGGAUCUCUGAUAGUCGAGAUGAGUUCAAGAAGGAACGAUUGCAAGCAAUAGCCGAAGACGAUACAAAGCUUUAUAGAUGUAGAACUGUGAAGAAUUGCACAGCCAACUGCCCCAAAAGCCUUGAUCCUUCCUCUGCAAUUCACCACAUGAAGGCAAUGCAUUUAAUCUCUAGGUCCAAUAAGGUGCCCAACAAUUAGCUUUUCUAGCCUUUUCUUUCUCUAAAAUCCUAUGGGUCAUAAUAUAUACAUAUAUAAGCCAUCUCUUUUUCUUGGUCUUGAAGUUCAUUUUCAAUCUUAAUCUAUGAAGAAAUGUAUUGAUGAUUUGUUAUAAUGAAAGUGGUUGUACUGGACUUUGAAUAAUAGAUUUUCGAAUCCCUGUUGCUGUA